AUGGCGGAUUUACAAGAAAGGCGCAUUAAGGACUCACAGAUGAGGGCGAAAAUCAAUCAAAGACUUGUGGAAACAGGGGAGAGAGAAAGACUGAAGGAGUUGCUGCGAACCCGUUUGGUUGAGUGUGGCUGGAGAGAUCAACUGAAAUCCAUUUGUAAAGAUGUUGUCAAACAGAAAGGACUGGAACAUAUUACAGUGGAUGACUUAGUGGCUGAAAUUACCCCCAAGGGCAGAGCUCUUGUUCCUGACAAUGUGAAGAAAGAACUCCUGCAGAGAAUAAGAACCUUCUUAGCACAACAGUCAAACAUAUAGCAAGGCAGCCGAUUGGAUAAGAAUUUCUUUCAUCAUAAACACACCUUACAAUGAAGUCUGAUCAAGUCCUGUGAUAAGACAUUGUUGCAUGAUAUUUUGCAUGAAAUCCACAUUUGGCUUACAGAGAUUAAAACUUGCUGUCAGAGUUUGAAUACUGCCUAUCAGUAAACCGUCAAGUACAAUGUAGCAUCUGUUAGACUGUAGAAAAUACUGUGUGUACUCAACAGUUGGCAUUUUAUAUGAUAAACUCACAGCAUCAGCAACAAAUUCUGGUGUCAUCAAUCACAUGCAGGUACAUGUUACAGCAUGGAAGUAAGAAAGAAGGAAUUUUGUGAUUUCAAGAGAAAUGUAAUACAUCUAAUUAUUUGUCAGUAAAACAUUUUAAACAGAUUAACCGUUGAGUCUGGUAAAGCUUCCAGUAGUGUUGUGGAAAAUGGUAUGGCAGGGCACGGGUGAUCGGUCUGAAAUAAUAAUGUACUUACAUACAGCUUGGAAGGUAAUGUAUGACAUCAUUAAAAAAGGUUUGUUUGAGCAAAAUCUGGCUAGUUACAUGUUCCUGGAGGGCAGUUCUGGUCAUUUUCCUAGUAGGGAAAUACUUUAUGAAUCCACUUGGAUUUUUUCGAAAUGCAUUUAUUGUCCGGGGAGUGGGAAAGAGGGGUACAAUUUUAUCCUGAUGUGCUCACAAUUUUUUUGUUUGGUUGUGAACACCCAAGAUGUAGUCUGUAGGUUAAUUGGUUUUGGAAAGUUAGUCACUGGGAUAAUGAAUCCAUACCAUUUUCAGUAUUUUUUGUGUAUUUUUAUGCAAACUGUAUUUGUCAGCAACUUAAUACUCAUGAGAAUAGAAUUUGUGCCUUGUCAUCGAAUCCAAGUUUGGGAUGUCGCUCAAUGAGAAAGAGACAGAAUGCCUAAAAAUGAGGUACACAAGCUGAGGGUUCAAUUCCAGCCUUAAACAAGCAGUUUGUUGAUUCACGUUCUCAUUGUGGGACAGCAAGCAGUGGGUGGCAUUCCUGGCUGUUAACAACACUCAAAAUAAAUUAGUCAUGGUGCUUUAUGGCCUGUAGACUAUGUUUUUCCCAUGCCAGCAACCAGUAGAUGGUCAUGGGUUUCCCCUCGGGUUAUGCCCAGUUUCCAGUCAUCAUAAUGCUAUAAUGGUCCUAUAAGUGAAAUAAAUAUACUUGAGUAUGGCGUAAAACACCAAUCAAAUAAAUAAAUAUUUUUCCCGCUAUUCUUGCGCACAGUGUGGGCUAUACUGUAAUACAGUGUGCAAAAGGGUACAGGAAAUGUGUUAAUGUCAUAUAUUCUAAUUAACACGCAGUAGAUGAAGACUUGGUAUAUUAUUAGUGAACACAUUGUGCAUGCUCUGACAUGUUUGAGGGCUUAUGAUUACACUAGGGUGUUUAUAUGACAAAUGACACUCCAACCCAUUUCGGCAUUUGUCAAGCCACUGAUGUCUUGUCUUAAUUUUGUGUGGUAGCACUGAGGGGAAAUUACAUGUAGGUUUAGAUACAUUCCCGUUCUCUUUAAGUUGAGAAGAAUUUGUCAGUAGGUUUAAGAAUAUCAUUUGUUAUUUUUUAGGCAUGUUGAAGAUCACAUAGUUGUCCAGAAGUUAUGAAUAUGUCUGUCAUUCUGCCAUGUAUCCUGUAGACAUGUUUACAGAAAAUGUUAUUCUUCAUCCCUUAACCCCUUGUACAUGUAAAAAAAUGAAUUACUGUUUACACAUGUAUAUGUCCAAUGUCAACAAAUGAAAAAUGAAUUGUAGGUCUUAUUGCAACUAUGAAUAUGAAUAAAUUUAAUGUUAGCUGUUGAAAAUGAACUAAAUCUUGAGGUUUAAUGACAUUACUGAUGGCUAAUGCCUGUUUACAGUGUGUGCACACUUUCACUGUUUAGAUUUGAAUAUUGAGGCAGCUUUCAGGCGUUAAAGUUCUUUGGUGUGUUCAUUGUUCUGAGUUUUAUCUUUGAGGUAGUUUUCCUAGUUGUGAAACCGCAAAUUGAGAAAAAGAAACUCCCUGUACUGACAAAAAACAAAGAUUAAAAGGAUUAAACAAGAAGUUCUAGUCAGAAAUAUGGUGUUAGCUAGUAAUUGGUUUUACAUGUAGUAAUAUAGGUAACCUAUAGAUAUAUGUAUGGAAUACAGAUCAUGAGACCACUGUAGUGACUCUUUGUGUUUAAACAUGUUGAUAGCAGAUCUGUAAUGUGAUGCAUGUGUAAACCAAGCCUGUACUAUGAUUAUAAUCUCCAUGCCAACAUGAUUUUUUAAGUUUUGGUGAUUAAAAGCAUGUGUACUUUAAUUCCUCAACCUAUUCGCAUAUAAGAGAGCAACUUUUAGUGCAAUUUAUACACAUUUCUAAUUUGUGUUUGGGGACAAAGCUACAUUGGUGGGAUGGGCAAAUUUCAGGGCUACAUAAAAAGUAAAAUUUUAUCAGUCUACACAGAAUAAUGCCUUCAGAAUAUGCCGGAACCAACACCUUACCAACAUGCGAAAGGUUGAAGAAUUACAGUAAAUGUUGAUACGUUUGGUGAAUGGAGUAGACUUGGAGUACCAUUACACAUCAGGUGAAUUUCGUUGAGAAGUAAAUGUACCGUAUAACACAGCCGUAGUCCUAACACUAUUGCUAUUAUAACGCUAUUCAUGAUACUAAUAAUGCAUGAAAGGAUAAAGAGUAAAUCAUUUUUAUGCAAAGAAUGUGUAUGAGUCUACUAUGCUGUUGAGAUUGUCACCGUGGCAACUUACUAUACAAUAUAAAAUGUAGGGCAUAAGCAAGCAUCUACAAGUGCUUUAUAUAUUUCAUGGAAACAUUAAGCCCAGCCAGUCUCCUGAAAUAAGUUUUCAUUCUUCCUUCUCCAUUGGUGCUCUGACAUCAGUCUUCCAAGCACUGGGGUGGGGGCUGUUAUUAUCACAUCUGUGUUAUAGAGACGUUUUCAUUUUGACAUUUUUUGUUGACUGCAAUCUGUUUGCAGCUCCUGUUGUGCAUUGGGGCAACCCGUUAAUGUAACUGUGUAUAUGUACUUGUAUGUUAUCAGGACGGCUAUAUAUCAAAUGUCGGUAUACAUGUACCAUGUGUCUAGAUCCAUUUAAAUAGUUUGCUAGGUAUGUAAAAAGAAUUACAAUCUUUUUUUUGUUUUGCAGUAUUAUUAGUAAUUUGUAUCACUGUGAACAGUACAUCCAUGUGAAGCAAACACAGCUGUAGGCCUGCGGUAUAGGUCUCUCUGUGUAAAUGUAGUAUGAUCAGCUCGAUUUGGACACCCCAGCAUUUUUGCUACCGUGAAGUACUUUAAAAUUUAAAGUUAAAUUAUGUAAACUAAUUUUCAUUAUAAGAAGGAGCAGCCUGUUGAUUGUUUUUCCACUGUAUAGUGUCACAUCAGUUUAGUUAAAUAUAUGAAUCUUGAUGAUUUGAUUUUGAUCAUAAAGUCUCUCUGGUUGUACUGUUAUAAAGUGGAAAAUUCUGAAAAUACUUGUGAAUGCUGAUGGUAUGAUAGCAUGUUAUAUGUACAUCUGUGUACUGCUGAUAGGUUACUGAGAACAGGUAAAUACUGCACUUGCUGUACGUCUAAUGCAAUGGAAUAACUUCCAUUCCUGAAAUUUAGCUUUCAGUGCUGUAUUAAGGUAAUGGUAUUCUUGUGCAGCUCAGGUGGUCACUAUCCGAGCAGAUUUAAAAUUUGAAAGACUGAAAUUUUCUAACAUCGUACAAGUUUCACUUUUUUUUUAGAAAAAUGAUACGUUAUUAGGGUUGUUGCCUGAAUGAUAUUCACAGCAUUUCACCUUAUACUGAACCAUUGCAGUAUUUUGCCCCCAAAAAAUGAACUCCAGAUAUUUAAGUAGUAAGUAGAAUGAUUAAACUUAGUAAUAAUGUCCACUUUGCCACUGUGCAGUUUUUAUAUGCUGAAUAUGUUGUUUGCUUUAUUUUAUACGACAACGGUUGUCAAGCUGAUUUCCUGUCGUGUGUGCACAAAACGUAUCAGUAAGUGAAUGAUUAACACCUCUUGGUAACUGUUUCACCAAUUGGUCACCUAGAAUCCAACACCUCUAACUGAAAGUUCAAAUCAUAUGCUUUCUUCACUUCAAGCUCACUUCGCACUAUUAUAGAAAUGUGCUUAUCAUACGUGUUACAAGUCACUUGGUUGUGCCUAUGUUUUCAGUUCAUUCCUAUAAAUGUUUAGAUAAAUGUUGAAUAAUGUCAUAUUAGAGAUGUAUUAAAAUGAAUGUAUACUGUAGUACUAGAA